UCCUUCACCAUGUAUAGCUGCCAGUAAAUAAAAGUGAGAGCCACGGCCCCCUCUGCUGUGUGCCCCGGCUGGCAUAAACACACGAACUUCCUUCAGCAGUGCUCUUGCAGACCCAGGGGGAGGCCACCCUCGCACGUGAGAGCCAGGAAUCUAAGCAGAGCCGCUCCACGUGACACUUCCAGGAAGGCUCUUCCUGCUCUACUUCUGGCAGUGGGAGUCAGCAGGCCAGGCAGAUGCAGUCUCCACUCCGAUGCAGAGGGUGCAGUGCAGCAUGGACCUUGCUGAUAUCCACCCUCCUGAGGCUGCUCCCGGUCCCCGUGCACACUGCACAGGCAGAGGAUGCCUGGCAAUGCGUGUGAAGGCUGCAGGAACACCUCUCUCCCUGGUCCUGGAUUUUGAUUCCAAGUCUGGCCUGUGCCUUGGCGGUGCCUUCAAAGGGCUGCUGUCUCUGAGUCUGACAUCAGGGUGGCCAGGACCUCUCUGGUCUGACUUCUGACUGGAUUCACUGAGCCCCAGCAGCCACAGCUUAGUUUCCACAAACGUCUGUUUAGUCUGUUUCCUCAGGGGAGCAAGAACUUGUAACUGAUCUCCUCAGCCAUUCUGAGUAGCAGGACCCCGAGUCUGUGCCAGACCUACCCCCACUCCCUACAGGACAUGCUGCGAGCCGGAUAUACACAGGAGGGACUGAGGGGAAAUACCACCGCUGCCUCGAUGUAAACCAGCCAGCCCCCAGGAGCCUGGACAUUUACCAAGCCAAGCGUGAGAGGAUGUGAACACGCUUGAUCUGGGAGCACCAGCCCAUCCAAGCAUGACCUCUCAUUUCUUGAAACCGGCUGUAAACGGUGGUAGGGAGGGGCCGCUGUGCUGCCAAGGGAGGCAGGAGCCACGUGAGUAAUUUGCUGGAGGAAAACAAGUGCGGCGUCUCCUGGCACGAGCCUGUAGCAGCGUCACACACAUGCCCACACCCACGCUUUUCAGCUGCAGUGGAUGGGGGUCGUGGGCUUCCAGAGGCACAGGACAGUCCCUCUGCAGGGGUGCCUUGGCUCUGCCAUGCGGCCCAUGGACAGCGUCUGCAGUCCACGGCCUCACAGAAUGUGGGAUGUGAGGUAAAGAGCCGUGGAGCCUGGGUGAGGCCGCCAUGUGGAGCUGUGGUCUGCUCAACGGCACAACACAGGAUGAGGAGCAGCUGUGCCAGGACCUGCGCCUAGGGCUCUGGGUCCUCUCUCUGCUCUACCUGGUGGCUGGCGUCCCCGUCGGCCUGGGCUACAACAUAUUGCUCGUGCUAGUGAACUUGAGCAGCAAGAGCAGUAUGACCAUGCCAGAUGUGUACUUUGUGAACAUGGCCGUGGCAGGCCUAGUGCUCAGCGCCCUGGCUCCUGUGCACCUCCUGGGGCCACCCCACACCAGGUGGGCACUGUGGAGCCUCAGCAGCGAGGCACAUGUGACACUGCUGAUCCUGUUCAAUGUGGCCUCCCUGGUGACCAUGUACUCCACUGCCCUGCUCAGCCUUGACUACUACAUUGAGAGGGCCCUACCACGCACCUACAUGGCCAGUGUGUAUAACACGCGACACGUGUGUGGCUUUGUCUGGGGUGGGGCGCUGCUCACCAGCUUUUCCUCCUUGCUCUUCUACAUCUGCAGCCAUGUGUCCUCCCGGGUUGCCGAGUGUGCCAAGAUGCAGAACACGGAGGCUGCUGAUGCCAUCCUGGUGCUCAUUGGGUAUGUGGUGCCAGGCCUGGCUGUGUUGUAUGCCCUGGCACUCAUCUCUCGGAUCCGAAAAGAGGACACGCCCUUGGACCAGGACAUGGGGAGGCUAGACCCCUGGGUGCACAGGCUAUUGGUGGCCACUGUGUGCACACAGUUCGGGCUCUGGACACCUCACUACCUGAGCCUCCUGGGGCACACGGUGCUCGUCUCGCGGGGGAAGCCAAUAGACGGGCACUACCUGGGGAUCCUGUACUUUGCUAAGGAUUUGUCCAAGUUCUUGGCCUUCUCCAGUAGCUCUGUGACACCACUGCUCUACCGCCACAUCAACAGAAACUUCCCUAGCAAACUCCGGCGACUGAUAAAGAAAAUGAACUGUGGGCUCCAGCAUUGCUCCCCGGAUCCCUCGGGGGUCCAGCCAGUGAUGGCAGAGGCCUAAGGAGAGUGCCGGCUGGCAGUGACCAUGCUGGGGGCCUCAUUGCCCCUCUCUGGCCGCAUGUCCUGGGGGAUGAGCUGGCCACAAGGAAAACCAAGUUCAACUGGAUACAUAGCACUUUGUUACCCGGACGCUUGGCGCUUUCUUCCCAGAGACGCACUGCUACAAGAAUUGCACAAGGGGUAUUUUCUUGAGGUUUUCUAUGUUUUCCCCAAAAAAGGCUCAUUUUAGGUAGGCCAUGUUGGGAAAGCACAGGCCUGUUGUGCGAGGGACAGGCUGCCUCUUACCACCCCACCCUCUAUGGGAGAUGGGGCGUCUCUGCUGAAGACAUCUCCCGGUCCAUGUCUUCAUAGCGAACUGACCUUCAGCCUCCUCGACACCAGGCUUUUGGAAUGAAGUGAUAAAAUUUAAAGCCAGUAUUUAUACUUUGUAUUGCCAUAGUACUUGAUUCCCCUUUUUUGUUUUAUAGAGCUGUUUGACAGAAAAAUGACAAGUAUUAAGAUGAAGGAAACAGUACAAAGAAGGCAGUAUUACUGCCAACUGGCAGCCUACAUUGAGGAUGGCAUAUGGUGGGGUACACAGUCAUGGGGUCAUGGUGGCCCGUGUGCCGGCUUUUAACAGUUGUAACUGGAACACAGCAGGUCCUCACCCACCAUGUGUCCUUGCCCCACUGACAGCACCAGCUCAUUUCCUUCCGUACAGACCUGUCCCUCUAAACCCCUUCCCCAGAGGGCACAUGAAACUAAAGAAUACACAUGAGCUCAAGAAGGAGGGAUUCCUAACUUACUACCUAAGCGAAGGGCCUUCCUAGGGCACUCAUAUCAGAGGCAUGGGAGGGAGGAGAGGAUGGUGUGAAGCUGGUUCCUCAAGGUGUCUGGAGCCUGGCAUCCAUGGUAAGGAGGCGGCCUGCGGGGCCUGUUCUGUGUGCAGCCACACGUGGGUGUCAGCAGUGGGUCAGCACAAGUGAGGCACCCAUCUGCUGCCUCAGCCCUGCUACUUUUACCAACCCUCAUCUCUCUGCACCACCCAUGUCCUCCACUCCCGUUCUUUAGGAUUUAAUUAUAGGCCCACAAUUGCAAAUCCCCAGUUGUGAACCCCAGAAAAGUCUAUAAGCUUUGGGGGUGACUUUUUCCCAAGUGACCACCAGAAGUGAUGUGAGGCACCUCCAGCAUGUUGCCCUCUGUUUCUGUAGCAAGGCUGCUGUGAUGGGGUACUGCCCAGGCCUGGUGUCUCUAACAUGACGUGCAGGCCUGCGGCUGGCUUCUGAACACACCUGCCUGGUGCUGUGCAGUGUGACCCUGCCUUUUGGCCUGUUUAUGAUUGGUGCCUUGAACUCUGGUCCUAGUCUCUUGGGAAAUUCAACCAUGAGUUACUUGCUUUAGUUGUAUUUAUUGUACACAAACCAUGUCUCCUCAAAUUGUGAUGUGCUUGAGUUACUUUGCUUUGUGAAGAAUUAUGAAAAUACACUGGAUGCCCUGG